UCCUUUUUUUCAAGCGCAUAGCAUUCCAGAAAAUUGCAUCAUUAGAUACAAGACUUGUUCCUUGACGUCACUAACGGAGAUUUAGGUGCCGCUUGUAUAACUUAAAGCAGAGGCAAACAACAACAACAACAACAACAAUAAUAAUAAUAAUAAUAAUAUUAAUAAUAAUUGUGGUGAUACAAGGAUAAAACAAGUGCCACGGGUGUCACAUUUAUUUUUCGACCUUAUAAAAUCAAAAAGUUAAUUUCACCAAGAUUUUAUAUAUAAUUCUGGUUUUUGUAUUCGGUAAAAAAAAAAAUUGCUAGUGAAAAUAAAUAAAUGGAUAAAAUAAUACAAGGAAAAUGCUUGUAAAGUAUUCUAUUAUUAUUGGAAUUAUCCUUUUCAUUGAUCCUGUGGCACUGGUUAUCAGAGAAAGUAGUUGUGCACCAUUAAUUCUUUUUAACCGCUACAGAUUACAGUUUCCUGUGUUUAGAUAUAGAGCAGAAAUUAGAGAAACGUGUCAACGUUAUGGAGGACAUUGGUUGGAACAACGUUGCAGCUUAGCACCAGUGUUCAAAAUUGAAAUAGAAUGUUGUCUCUUCAGUUCAAGAAUUCCAGCUUCCCGCUGUAGGAUGUCGAUAUGCGACAGAAAGGGAACACGACUGACUACUUGGGAAAAUGGGCCGCCAUACAAAGAAAUACAUCAAAGACGACAAUACCGACAUAGCAGCAGCAGCAGCAGCAGCAGCAGCAGCAACAGCAACAGCAGAAGCAGCAGCAGUAGUAGUAGUAGUAGUAGUAGUAGUAGUAGUAGUAGUAGUAGUAGUAGUAAACGACUCUGGCCCAAGAGUUCGAGGCUCUAAUAUAUACAAUGAAGGCUGAAACAGAAAAUAUUAAAUUCAUGUCGGAUUUUAAAUGUCAGGCGGCAAAAAACACAUUAUAGAUUGUCGAGCGGUUCAAUUGCUACGAGGAAAAGAAUCUUAUAUUGUAGGAAGAGACGAGAAUGUUGACCUUGAUGUCUGUCAAACCCUUUUUCUCAGCUGAUUGUUAACCCGUGGGAAGAGGGACAAGUACAAAACAUACUUGCAUAGACACACACACACACAUACAACACACACGUACAGACAUGCACACACACACACACACACACACAUACACACACACACACAUACAAACACACACAGUCACAAUCACAAUCGAUAUACAUAUAUCAUUUAUCUUUAACUUGUUUCUGUCAUUUAACUGCGAGCAUGCUGGGGCGCCACCUUGAAUGGUUUAUUCAAACAAAUAGAACCCAGUAAUUAUUAUUUUUAAGCUGGUUAUUUAAACCAUCGGUCUCUCUUGCCGAACCGCUUGGUUACGAAGGCAUAAAGAAACCAACGCCGGAUGUCAAGCAAUCGUGGGGUAUAAACACAAACGCACACAUGCAUACAUAUAUAUUUAUAACUGGCUUCCAUACAGUUUCACCCUGCCAAAUUUACUCACAAGCCAUUCGUCGGCCGGUGUUACAGUAGAAAAGAGUUUUUCAAGGUUCCAUGCAGUGAGACUGAACACAAGACCACGUGUUUGCAAAGCAAGCUUUUAAACCACAUAGCGAUGCCUGUACCUACAGAUUUUUCUAACAGUCAAUUCAAAUAGUACUGUUAAUAAUGGAAAAUUUUCGUGAACCGAAGAGAAUAACACAGUAAUUUUCCUGCUCUAAAACAGUACGAGUAAGUGUUUGAUGGUCAAAAGGCGUAAAAGAGUGAAAUGUAUCAGACUCGUUUUUAUGGGUCUGAAGUGUAAUCAUGCCACAGAAUUCUUUACAUAAAGUGCAAUGUCUGUUGAUUGGAACAUACAGAGAGCAUAUAUAAAGACUACCUCUAUGCAACCAUAUAAUUACUUAUAAAUUAUCCUUUAAUACCA